AUGGCUACCAACGCACCAGCAGUUAUGCCACGAAUCAACAUCUCAUACAGUAUCUUCGUGCAAUUUCUCAACAAUAUCAACAAAGGCAUCUUCAGGGACGCAUCAAUUGACGCUCUAGGCAAGGUACAGAAAGUCCACCAAGCUCAGUCGCGUUUCCUGAUUUGGUACCCUGACCUAACGGCUGUUGUGCUUGGACCCGCUAAGCCGCCUUCUCAUAGAUACCCAUCACAUAAUGAGAUCGAUAAAACUUCUCGGUUCUACUCUGGUCAGGAGAACGAGCGAAAUAUGCUGAAGCCAUUGGAGGAGGUGACAGCUAGCUUAGAGAGACAGCUGGAUUGUAUUCAGUUGGAAAUCAACAAGCUUAAUCCUUACCGUGGACCUAAGGAUACCUACGGCAUGUAUCAUGGUGUUCUCGUUGACGCCGAGUUGGCCAAAGCUGACAAAGAGGAUGGCACCGGUGGGAUUGAGGAACAGAUGAUGGAAAAGGAAAUCCAGAUGAGCAUGGUUCUCAACCUAGUAGGGGUUUGCAGGAUUCUCGAGAGAAAAGACCUCGUCCUUCGUACAGCCACGGGUGUAGUGAUGGGUGGCUGA